AUGCCGUCAAGAGAAGAUAGAGAAUGGAACCGGUUGGCAGUCCACAUGGAUCAGUUUCAUUCCCAUUUCAGAUACGAAUUCAACAGGGUGUAUACGUUGGCAGAUGGUGGAUUUCAAAAAGAAGGAAUGACCUUACCUAGGUUUCUAAGGGAAGCUCAACAGUUGUAUACGCAUUUGGAUAUGCAUCAUCGUAUAGAAACAUAUAUCUUCCCAGUAUUAGCUAAGAAGAUGCCUCAAUUCAAAGAGGGUGCAAGGGAAUCAGGUGAACAUCUAAAGAAACAUAAAGGUAUACAUGAUGGUUUAGAAAAGUAUGAUGCAUUUUUAAGGAAUUCAUUGGAGAAUCAAUCAGAGUAUAGCCCAACUAAGUUGAGGGAAAUAAUGGAUGGGUUCAAGGAAGUUUUAUUCACCCACUUGGACGAAGAAGUGAAAGAUUUAGGUGCGGAAAGCAUGAAGAAAGCAGGUUGGAGUUUGGAUGAAAUUAGACGUAUACCGAUGUAG